AUGUAUCAUGUCCUGAAUGUCGCCUCUCUCUAUCCACAUCGGGAGGACUUGGAUAGAGUAGUUCCUUGGAUAUUAUGGAGAUUAAUGAACUGCAGGAAUGACUAUGUCUUUAAUGGAAAGGAUUUUAAUGCCCAUGAUACAGUGGAAAAGGCAUUGGAGGAUGCUGAUGAAUGGAAUCAGAGGAAUGAAUCAGAGCACUCAACCAAUGAACAUCCUCUGCCGAGACGGACUGAAGACGCAAAAUGGGAACCUCCUCCAAAGGAUUGGGUCAAAUGUAAUACUGAUGGAACAUGGAGUAGAGCGGGAACCAUAAGCGGUACGGGUUGGGUGUUACGGAAUGAGUAUGGUGAUGGCCUUUGGGUGGGCGCUCAGGCAAUUCGUUGUGCUAUAUCAGUGAUGGAAGUGGAGCUGGAAGCAAUGAGGGCCGCAAUAAGUUCAAUGCUCCGUCUGAACUAUGGGAGAGUCAUUUUUGAAUCAGAUUCUUUGGGAAUGGUUAAUCUACUAAAUAGUGAGGAGAUUUGGCCAAUAUCUGCUCCAUUACUCCAGGACAUAAAGAGUUUGCUCCCUUCCUUCCAAGCGUUCCAGAUGGUGUAUAUGCCAAGAGUGUGCAAUAAUGUGGCAGAUCGAAUAGCGAAGGAAUCUCUUUCUUUAGGGAACUAUGAUCCUAGUUAUAUUCGAUAA